AAAAUGGAACGCGAAAGUUUAAAAUCUUACUCUUUAUUUGCUUGGUAUGCAGGUGGUGGGCGGCGCGCAGGACCCGGGCCCGCUGCUGGCGCGGCGCGCGCGUGAACUCGGCGCGGCUGGAGACAGACUAGCGGCCGCCGCGGCGCGCGCGCAGGCACUCGUCACCGCCGCGCACCAGAGAGUGAAAUGGGGCGCCGGCGCGAACCCGGCUCUAUCCAGCGUGGUGGUUUCCUUGGAACGCGCGUGGGCCGCACGUCGCGCGCGCGCGCACGCGCUGGCCGCGGGAGCACGCCAGCUGAGCACGCACGCACGCCGCGCGUCGAUGGCGCGCGCCGCCGCCGCGCGACACAAGCACGCCAAGGCGCUGCGCACGUCACUCGCGCACUGGGAGAAG